UGGGAGCUCAAGUGGGUAUAAAUAGAUGUUUAGACACUUGACCCGUAAUAACAGCAGGAAAUAAGUUUUCACGGAGAUCAAACGUGAAUGUUUUUUUUCUUCAGCUCUUGAUGCUUAUAUGUAAACAGAUAUGACGUGUCUGGUUGGCCUAAUAAUCGUUGCGUCUGUCGUCAUUACACAGGUGAGCGCCACCUGUCCGGCAAAGUGCGAGUGUCCACCAAGGAUGACCUGUCCAGCAGGUGUCAGUUACGUACCAGACGGAUGCGGCUGCUGUAAGGUGUGUGCUGCACAGCUGAACCAGGACUGCAGUCCAAUGAGACCUUGUGACCACCACAAAGGGCUGGAGUGUAAUUUCGGUAAUGAUGUGACCACGGCCUGGGGCAUCUGUCGAGCCAGGUCAGAGGGUCGUACCUGUGAGUACAAUGGCAGGAUUUAUCAGAACGGCGAGAGCUUCCAGGCUGGCUGCAAACACCAGUGUACUUGCGUGGACGGCUCCGUCGGCUGCUCUGCUCUGUGUGAAAACAAGUUGCCACCACCUUCAGAAGUGUGUCCCAGCCCACGACUUAUCAAGAUACCCGGACAGUGUUGCUUCAGCGUGGACUGUCACCAAGGCACCUGGCGGAUCCCUCCAAAACGCCUGAAGCCCUCAUCCAAACCACCCACUCCCCAACAUCAUCCCCUCCCUAAUCGGCCUGGAAAUGAGUUGUUGAUUACCAACAAGCUGGCAGGUGUCGAGUCUUGGGAGCCGGAGCGCGCCAGUAAACACCUACCUGUUUGGCUCCAGCCUAAGAAGAAAUGCCGUGUGAUGACCACCGACUGGUCGGAGUGCUCCCGCAGCUGUGGGGUCGGUAUCUCUUCUCGCAUCACCAACAAGAAUCGAAGCUGCAAACUGAAGCAAGAGACGAGAGUCUGCAUGGUUCGACCUUGCUAUGGCCUGAGUGCUCCCGCUAAGAGAGGGAAGAAGUGCUCAUCUGUCUACAAAGCUUCAGAACCCCUUCGUCUGUCCUAUGGCAAGUGUGUGAGCAUCAAACUUUACCGACCAAACUACUGUGGAACGUGUGCAGAGCAGCAGUGCUGCUUGCCACAACGCACACGCACGGUACCUGUGACCUUUGUUUGUCGGGACGGUGCACGCCUCCGAAUGCCAGCCAUGUUCAUCCAGUCAUGCAAAUGCAACAACAAUUGCGGGUCCCUCAAUGAAGUGGAUGCUCCCCCGCUGCCUUGGAUGAAAAGCAGUACCAUGUUCAAGAAGGAAUAUGCAUAAAGACUAAGCACCAUGAGCACCAGCCGACAGGAUAUAUUGUCUAAGGGAAAGGGAAAGCAUUUUGGCACUUAAACUCAGAUUGAACAUUGUUUUUUUCCAUCUACAUUUCACCUUCUCUUAAAGCAUCCCUGUGAAACUGAGGAAACUGCUGGAUCAGGUUUACUAAGAAACCGCAAAAGAGGUAUGAAUCUUUGAAAGAAACCACCUUGCUCUAUACAAUCUUUGUGAUGCAAAUCUGACUGGAGGCCAUGGUGACAUGAUCAUGCCGUUUCCUUUGGUGUAUUAAAUACAUUUGGAUACAUACAUGACAUUGAUCUUAUAUCCUUAACUUGGCUGGACCAAUGAGAAGUAACCAUAGAUGCACUUCCUGCCAUUCAAUUUGUAGUGAACUCGGUGACUAUUGAGUGAGUGUGCGCACUAUGUGUUUACAGCGUCCUCUGGUGUACAGCUGGUGGCGGUGUUGAAUUGAAAUGUUCCGAUUAACUCCGUGUUUAUGGACAAAAAAGCUUUAACUCCAGCAGUUGCAUGGGAAGAGAUAAACUACUGCUGUGCUAAUACGUUUGGUUAGCAGUGCCUUUUUGCCAAUAUUGCCGAAAUAUAAGGUCAGAAUUGGAAUGUUGUCGGAUUUUUUUUAUAAUAUACGAGAGUUUAUAGAUUAGAAAAUAUAGAUUAGAGAUAUAUGUAUCAUUUAAAUAUAAUUGCUGUUGUGUGGAACUUGCAUGGCUGUUUACAUCAUGAAAACAUCGUGUGUGUGUUAAUGGGCCAGUUAUCUGUCCCCUCUUCAUGCUUAGGAGAUUUAGAUUCCAUGUCGUGGCCUUUAGGAGCUCAACGUGGAUGUCUAUUUAUUAUCUAUAAUUUAAUGGUUACGAGUUUCAAUACUGACCUCAAAGUGAAGUGUUUUACUGCUAAGAAAUCUCCACACAGUCUCUUAAAUCAAACGUGUGUAUCAUUGUCCUAUUUCAUCGUCAAAUAAGAUGAUGUCCCCCACAAUAGGAAGUGACUCAUUAAAUUCGUCUGCUGACACAAACAGAUGUAUAUUGACGAGUGAAACACAAUCAGACUGGUAACGGUUAAAAAAAAAUGGAAAUUGCCAUCUUCAGUCAACCAUGCAUAUAUUGUCACUUGAUUCUUACAUUGUGCUCUAACAAUUAAUUAUAUCCAAAGUGCCUAUUUUGUGACGUUG